AUGUUUUCUAAAUUAAUAUGUAACGCAAAUGAAAUGUUGACGUAAGUAAUAGGAACUGUUGUGUGUAGCGGGAAUGUUCUUGUCGAUCGAGUUACAGUGAAACACAGCCGGAGUGAAUCUGAUGUAAGCUGAAUGAAGUGUGAAGCACAUCAUCAAACACGGUGAAGAUGUCCGAUUUAAAUCCGAUGGAUCUGUACGAUCAUCUGACAGUUCAGGGAGAAACGGUCCGAACUCUUAAAGCUCAGAAAGCCGCAAAGGAUGAGGUCGAUGCUGCUGUGCAGUUGUUAUUAAAGAUGAAAGUUGACUUCAAGCGCGUCACCGGUCAGGACUAUAAAGCUGGAUGUCCACCAGUGGACUGUGUUGUUUCCAAUGAUCAUGAAGAAGCUGUGGAUGGAGAUGAUCAGGUUGACCCGUGGAACGUCUCUACGUCCAGCGCUAAAGGCGUGGACUAUGAUAAACUCAUUGUGCGGUUUGGCAGCAGUAAGAUUGAUCAGGAAUUAGUGGACAGAAUCGCUCGGGUCACCGGGAAGCCACCACAUCGUUUUCUCCGUAGAGGAAUCUUCUUCUCUCACAGGGAUAUGCAUCAGAUCCUAGAUGCGUACGAGAAACAGAAAUCCUUUUACCUUUACACGGGCAGAGGACCGUCUUCGGAGGCCAUGCACGUGGGCCAUCUGAUCCCCUUCAUCUUCACGAAAUGGCUUCAGGACGUAUUCGAUGUUCCUCUGGUCAUUCAGAUGACCGAUGAUGAGAAAUACCUGUGGAAAGAUCUCUCGCAGGAAGACUGUUAUCGAUACGCAGUGGAGAACGCUAAAGACAUCAUCGCUUGUGGUUUUGAUGUCAACAAGACCUUCAUAUUCUCUGAUCUGGACUACAUGGGAUCGAGUCCAUCAUUUUACAGGAAUGUGGUGAAGGUUCAGAAACACGUCACAUUUAAUCAAGUUAAAGGAAUCUUUGGCUUCACAGACAGCGACUGUAUCGGUAAAAUCAGUUUUCCUGCGAUUCAAGCUGCCCCAUCUUUCAGUAGCUCGUUCCCUCAGAUCUUCAGCGGCAGGACAGAUGUUCAGUGUCUGAUUCCAUGUGCUAUUGAUCAGGAUCCGUAUUUCCGGAUGACCCGGGACGUGGCACCAAGGAUCGGUUACCUCAAACCUGCUUUGCUUCACUCCACGUUUUUCCCAGCGCUUCAAGGGGCUCAAACCAAGAUGAGCGCCAGUGAUCCAAACUCCACGAUAUUCCUCACCGACUCACCGAAACAAAUCAAGAAUAAGAUAAACAAGCACGCUUUCUCUGGUGGGAAGGACACCGUAGAGGAACACAGAAAGUUCGGUGGGAAUCCAGAUGUGGACGUCUCCUUCAUGUAUCUGACAUUUUUCCUUGAAGACGAUGAGCAGCUGGAGAAAAUCAGACAGGAAUACAGCAGCGGAGAUCUUCUUACCGGUGAGCUGAAGAAACUUCUCAUCGAGACCCUUCAGCCAAUGAUCGCCGCCCACCAGGAGAAACGCAAACAUGUGACCGAUGAUGUCAUCAAACAGUUUAUGAGCCCACGCAAGUUAGACUUUAACUACUGAUCAUCACAGACAGUCUGAUCUUUACUGAACGACACAGGACGGAUGAGAUGUCCAAAACCACAGCAGAUGAAGGAAUACAGCAAAUAAUCAUCGAUUUCUGUUUGUCAAAUAAACAACCCGUCCUGUAUGAUCACUGCAUGAUGGGACACAAGCCUCCCUGUUUUAAAUAACAAAUGUCUCAUGUAAUUAUUACAGAACUGAUGAUUUAUUUAACGCUGCUUGAAUCUAUGACAUAAAUAAAUAAAUGAACAUCUGGCAGAAAA